GGUGACGUCAUGACGUAUGGGGGGGGCGGCGCCGUGACGCGUUGCCUCUCUCGCUGUCAGACUGGCCGGGUCGCAGCGCACAGCAGGAUGCAGUUUAUGUUAUUGUUCAGCCGUCAGGGAAAGCUCCGUCUUCAGAAGUGGUAUGUGCCGUUGUCUGACAAAGAAAAGAAAAAGAUAACCAGGGAGCUGGUCCAGACUGUAUUAGCCCGCAAGCCAAAAAUGUGCAGCUUCCUGGAAUGGAGAGAUCUGAAAAUUGUCUACAAAAGGUAUGCAAGCCUUUACUUCUGCUGUGCCAUUGAAGAUCAGGACAAUGAACUGAUUACCCUGGAAAUAAUUCAUCGUUAUGUUGAGCUUUUGGACAAGUAUUUUGGCAGUGUAUGUGAGCUUGAUAUCAUCUUUAAUUUUGAGAAAGCAUACUUCAUUCUGGAUGAAUUUUUGUUGGGGGGUGAAGUUCAAGAGACCUCAAAGAAAAAUGUUUUAAAAGCCAUUGAGCAGGCUGACCUGCUUCAAGAGUCCCAGAAUGAAGACUGGGGAGGUUAUUCAGAGGAUAUCCUCUAAUAGAGAACCCAACUCUAGGCAACUGGAAGCUGAGACACCACGGAGCGUUCUUGAAGAAAUUGGACUGACAUAAACCUCUAGCCUUCCUCUGAUGUCUUUCUGUUGUCACAUAAAUGUUCACUGCCUUCAUCUCAGUGUUAAACCAAUAGUGUAAGAUGCUGUCUGUCAGUAUUACUGUACUGCUAAAGCUGCUUUAGUUUUCAAAGAAAAAAAAAUCCAUUGGAAAAACACACACACACAGAUUUAUAUAUAUAUAAAUAUUACAAUUCUUUAAGGGACUCGGAACAUUUCACUGUAUUAGUUUUGAAUUCCAGAGAGGUAUAAAAAAAAAAAAACCAUUGCAAAUCAACAGUUUACCCACUCCUCUGGUGCUGACAGAAUUAUCCAAACACAAAAUGCAUUUCAUGAAAAAAAUAUGAAAUAAUAGUGGCUAUUUGGGUUUUAUUUAAUUGCAGACAAGCCCAAUGAACGUAAACAAUGAAGGAAAGCCUAUGUGCAUUGCACUUCAAGUUUGGAUACAGGAAGUGUUCAAAAAUGUAUUUUGAAUAUUUGGAAACCUUACUUGAGACCUACAGUGUAUUUUUUAUUUGUUUGGCAACCAAAGAGUGUUUUUCAUUGAAGGCAUUUGUUUAUUUUGAUUAAAAAGGGAUUAAGAUUCCGUU